GUUGACAAAAUAAUUUGAGCUAUUGUUUGACCAAAGUAAUGCAAAUAUCAUUGCAUGAUUCACAUGAAUUUUAAUUAUUCUGGUGGAUUUAAAAAAGGGACAUCUUUUGACAAUAUAUUGUCGAAUUACUGUAUUAGUUUGAGAGUUUAUUUAUUAUAAGAGGUAAUUAAGAAGGAUUAACCCAAUAGCAGAUAAAAUGUGCUUUACAUCUAUCGGAGUUGAAUAUGUUUAGACUUAAUUAAGACCAGUAAAAGGAAUUAUUAACUUCAAUCAAUAAUUUAUUUAAUAAAAUUGCAUUAUUUUAUACGUAUUGUUUUCAAAUAUAUAGUAAGAAUAGGUAGAAUGUGUAGGUGGUCAUCUUGCACUUGAAUCAUUAGUGUUCAGUUUUUAAUACCUUUAUAUUUGGAUUACUGUUACAUAGAUAGUAUUCAUCACGUCAUUCAGAACAUAAUUUGAUUGUCAAGACAAUAUAUACUAACACUGAGAUUUAAACAAAUGGUAACAUUGUCCAAUUCCAAUGA